GGGAGUCCACGUGGGCUCGCGGCGGACACCAGGUGUCACCUGGCCGUGGCGUCCGGCGCGGCGUGGGCGUCCGGGGGCGCGGCGUGGAGGAGCGCGCGGGAUGGGGCGUGGGCGCUGGGAGCGCCGGGCGGAGCCUUCACAAGUGGCCGGGCGGACGGACGAGGCGGGCGAUGGCCCCGCGGCCGGGACGCGCACAAGGACCAUGCAGGGCAACGGCAGCGCGCUGCCCAACUCAUCGCAGCCCGUGCCCGGCGGGGACGGCGCGCGGCCGCAGCCCUCGUGGCUGGCGUCCGCCCUGGCCUGCGUCCUCAUCUUCACCAUCGUGGUGGACAUCCUGGGCAACCUCCUGGUCAUCCUGUCGGUGUAUCGGAACAAGAAGCUCAGGAACGCAGGAAACAUCUUUGUGGUGAGCUUAGCGGUGGCAGACCUGGUGGUGGCCAUUUAUCCAUACCCAUUGGUGCUGAUGUCAAUAUUUAACAAUGGGUGGAACCUGGGCUAUCUGCACUGCCAAAUCAGUGGGUUCCUGAUGGGCCUGAGCGUCAUCGGCUCCAUAUUCAACAUCACCGGCAUUGCCAUCAAUCGCUACUGCUACAUCUGUCACAGUCUCAAGUACGACAAACUGUACAGCAGCAAGAACUCCCUCUGCUACGUGCUCCUCAUAUGGCUCCUGACGCUGGCGGCGGUCCUGCCCAAUCUCCGAGCAGGGACUCUCCAGUACGACCCGAGGAUCUACUCGUGCACCUUCGCACAGUCCGUCAGCUCCGCCUACACCAUCGCCGUGGUGGUUUUCCACUUCCUCGUCCCCAUGAUCAUAGUCAUCUUCUGUUACCUGAGAAUAUGGAUCCUGGUUCUCCAGGUCAGACAGAGGGUGAAACCUGACCGCAAACCCAAACUGAAACCACAGGACUUCAGGAAUUUUGUCACCAUGUUUGUGGUUUUUGUCCUUUUUGCCAUUUGCUGGGCUCCUCUGAACUUCAUUGGCCUGGCCGUGGCCUCUGACCCCGCCAGCAUGGUGCCUAGGAUCCCAGAGUGGCUGUUUGUGGCGAGUUACUACAUGGCGUAUUUCAACAGCUGCCUCAAUGCCAUUAUAUACGGGCUACUGAACCAAAAUUUCAGGAAGGAAUACAGGAGAAUUAUAGUCUCGCUCUGUACAGCCAGGAUGUUCUUUGUGGACAGCUCUAACGACGUGGCCGAUAGGGUUAAAUGCAAACCGUCUCCACUGAUGACCAACAAUAAUGUAGUAAAGGUGGACUCCGUUUAAAAAAGCACCGCAUUCCAGGUGAGAUGGACACGCUGAGCAAGGCCUCGCUCUUGACAGAUGUCUGGAAAAGCAGAGUGGUGGAGGAAACUUCCAACUUUUACCUGGCUGCUGCCAUAGUUUCUGAGCUAAUGUGCUGUCAGCGUUAUAAACACCUCCAAUUCUGCUAGUCAAGAGAAGUACAGAAUGUAUGGAGAGUUACAUGUUAACUGAGGCAUGUGGUUCAGGGCUGGGGUGAGAGUAAGCUCCUGAAUAUGCAUUCGGGGGAAGGAGUGUGCAAACUUUUAUUGUAAAUGAGUGCCACAAAAGGGGCAAUUGCAUUCUUCUUCACUUUUUGAAGAUUUCUAGCAGAAAAGUGAAUAGACAAUUUUAUUUAUAAAUGAGCAAAUGGAACAAUUUUUUUUUUCUGUAAACGGAACAAACAAUGAAAGUGGGGUGAGUGCCUCUUAUUACAGAGGGAAAGGCUGAACAUAAAUCAGUUAAUGGCUCAUCAACAGUCACAACCACAACCAACACCACAAACCUUUCAGUUGGCAGAGUUAGCAUUGGGUAGCUAUACUCAUGGUCAUAAAUGUUUGCUGCUCUAUAUUACAAGUUGUGCAUGCAACCAGAUAAAGAACUAAAUUAUAGGCUGGGCACAGUGGCUCACACCUGUAAUCUCAGCACUUUGGGAGGCUGAGGCAGGCAGAUCAACUGAGCUCAGGAGUUCGAGACCACCCUGGGCAACAUGAUGAAAUCCUAUCUCUAACAAAAUACAAAAAACUAGCUGGGCAUGGUGGCACACGCCUGUAAUCCCAGCUACUCAGGAGACUGAGGCAGGAGAAUCCCUUGAGCCCCGGAGGCAGAGGUUGUGGUGAGCCGAGAUUGCGCCAGUACACUCCAACUUGGGCUACAGAAUGGAGACUCUGCCUCAAAAAAAAAAAAACAAAAAAAACUAAAUUAUAUUACAGAGCUCUUAUUCAGAUGUCAA